AUGGUAUGCUUUAGAGUUCCUUUUAUUCUACUGGUUUUUGCUGUAGCUGUACAACUCAAAAUAACUCAUCAUCCCACGAAUUUUGCUCUUUGGAAUUUGGCCAGUGUUGCAAAAUGUAUGCUUGGCUACUAUCCGCUGAAUAGUUUGCAGAUUUUAGCCAAUUACGGAUGCUACUGUGGUUUGGGAGGUGGUCACAGGCCAGUAGACAAAAUUGAUGAGUAUAUUUCUGCGCAAAUAAGGAGUCUGGCUCAUUCUGUUUAUAGAUGCUGUAUGCGUCAUGAUCAAUGCUACGGUGCUGCUCAAUGCAAUGAGUGUAAAUUUUACUAUUUUUUCGUUUACGUUAUAAACUACAGCUGGAAGUGCAUCAAUGGACAAGCUUAUUGUUCUGAGAAACAAGAUCCAUGUAGAAGAGCUUUGUGCAAUUGUGAUGUCGAGGUCGUGAAGUGCUGGAAUAAGCAUGGUGGCAUACCUUUGAAAAGAGCAAAGUGUUACACAAUGAAUUGA